AAAAUGAUUGAACCUGAUGAGGGAGAACACCUAAUGCCUGUCACCCAGAGAAAAGACUGGCGGGGGGGGGGGGGGGGGGGUUGCAGUGAUAAUUGUGUGGUUCUGCUAAUUCUAUUUAUAGGCCUUCUGUAUUUCAGCAGCUGUCCCUCUUCUAUCUCCCUGCCCAGCUCUGCUCACAUUACCCCCCCCACCUCCUCCCUCACCCCCUCACCCACCACCACCACUCCGCGGACCAUGGCUUUACCGUGCUAACUAUGACCCCGCCCUCGAGGCUGCCCUCCCACUCACUCAGGGCUAGCGACUGUGAACAUUGUGCAGACCUUAGUCUUACCCUGCCUCAGCCCAGACUGCUUUGCCCAGGGCCAGACUGAAGAUUGGAAAGGUUAACCAGGCCCAGAGAGAAGUGCUGCAUGGUACAACUGGCCACUGGGUGUUUGACCUGUGUGCAGAAAAGGCCAACACAGUACCUCAUCGUUCACCGAUAAUUUCCCAUUCUUCAUCACUCCAUAUAAAAGUACACCUUAUUCCCCGCGACCAUCUCUCCAUCGCAUUUCCCUGUCAACAUUCCUUACCUUCAUCCUCCACGCGACACAACUUGUUCCAUGAAUUUUGGCCAAUCAUCAUGGCGUACAAAUCGCGCUUUUCCUUUUGGGAGCGUAAGGGAAGUCUUGUAAUUUUUUGUGUUUUUGGCCUCACUGUUCUUUAGUGCAUGUCAUUUCUUGACACUGUUCAGUUAUGUCGAUAUAGAAACGUUGUAGCUGGAAUCUGUGGUUUGAUUUUGUUGUAUUGCUUCUCUUUGUGUAGGUUACAGUUGACAACAAGUCAGAUUCUGAUGUGGAUAAUAGCCAGCCUCAGGCAGUCUCUAAACCUGGGCUAGACACAGGAAGUGGUCCACAGUCAACAGUAUCAACAGUCGAGGAGUCCAACUCUAACAUUGCCAUGGGCGGUCCAGAGGAGGAGCAGAGUGCUGGGGGUAAAAAGGUGGUGAGGGUUGUGAGGAGAGUUGUUAGACGUGUGGUUCCUGCUGGGAUGGAAGAGCAGAAGCAGACUACUGUUUCUGAGGCCGCCAGAGCUGCAGACUCUGUGGUCAAAACAUCCCAGGGUUCUGCGGGCGACAAGGAUGAUAUCUCCAUGGGCCUGACCAGUUUGAUGGGUAGAAGUAGAACCAAGGAGCAUCGGCCUCGCACCCGCACCCAAGACCGCAAAGAGGAUAUGAAAGAGGAGGUGAAGCAGCAGCAGGAGGAGGAAGGGAAAACAGAAGAGGCAGCAUCCACAGCUGUACCCACCUUUAUAGUACCAAAAUCUGUACCACUGAAGCCCAGCCCCCUGACCCCCCCAGCUGGGUUUAUCCCCGCUUCCAAACCUGACCCGUUAGGCCCUCCAGCUGGGUUUAUACCCACUCCUAGACCUGACCCGUUAGCCCCCCCAGCUGGGUUCAUCCCCGCUCCCAAAUCUGACCUGUUAGCCCCCCCAGCUGGCUUUAUACCCACUCCUAGACCUGACCCGUUAGCCCCCCCAACUGGGUUCAUCCCCACUCCCAAACCUGACCCAUUGGCCCCCCCAGCUGGGUUCAUCCCCACUCCAAACAAAACCAGCUGACUUCCCCACCUGGUUCUGUCCCCCCAAGAAAAUCCAGUCCCAUCCCACAAAAACAGAACCCCCUGGCAAGGCCCCCAGGAUUCAUCCCUGUUGUUAAGACAGA